UCAAAGAGCACUUCCUGAAAGUGGCAGAGAAGCAAUUACAGGCAGCUCCUCUACCAACGACUACCUCUGAGACAUCCUUCAAAGCAGCAAGCGAGCUUAGCACCAAAGAAACAGCAUUUCUGAAAUGCACCAUUUCCAGACAGAGAUACUUUAACACAAACAACUCAGAACUCUCUCUUUUACGGAACUGGGUAUACCACAAAAUGCUCACUUCUACGACAGCCCUCUGACCGGUGAAGAAUGCUGCCCAAUUUCACACUACAGAAGAGAAUCAUGAAGAAAGGCAUAUUCGUUGGGAGGAAAGGUUCUGAGUAUCAUGACCAUCAGCAAGCUCUAAGAUGACUACCCCAAGCAACCCAGACCAACCUGUCUCCUCCAACAGCUCACAUCCAGACGAAUUUACAACCGCCGCCCUUGUUUUCUACAGCUGUAUCUUCAUAAUCGGAUUAUUUGUUAAUGUCACCGCACUAUGGGUGUUCAGUUGCACCACCAAGAAGAGAACCACCGUCACCAUCUAUAUGAUGAACGUGGCACUACUGGACUUAAUAUUCAUACUGACUUUGCCCUUCAGAAUGUUUUACUAUGCAAAAGGUGAAUGGCCGUUUGGAGAAUACUUUUGCCACAUCCUGGGGGUUCUCGUGGUGUUUUACCCAAGCAUUGCUCUGUGGCUUUUCGCUUUUAUUAGUGCCGACAGAUACAUGGCGAUUGUGCAGCCAAAGUACGCCAAAGAACUGAAAAACACGUGGAAAGCGGUGUUCGCCUGUGUAGGAGUCUGGAUAAUGACCCUGACCACCACUGUCCCCCUGCUCCUACUCUAUGAAGACCCAGACAGGGCCUCCUCCCCAGCUACCUGCCUGAAGAUCUCUGACAUCAUCCACCUAAAAGCCGUCAAUGCACUCAACUUCACUAGACUGGUAUUUUUCUUCUUGACCCCUCUGUUCAUCAUGAUUGGGUGCUACCUGGUCAUCAUCCACAGUCUGCUCCGCGGCAGGACGUCCAAGCUGAAGCCCAAGGUCAAGGAGAAGUCCAUCAGGAUCAUCAUCACUCUCCUGCUGCAGGUGCUCAUCUGCUUCACGCCUUUCCACAUCUGCUUUGCCCUCCUGAUGCUGGACGGGGAAGACAACAGCUACAGCCCCUGGGGCGCCUUCACCACCUUCCUCAUGAACCUCAGCACUUGCCUGGACGUGAUUCUCUACUACAUCGUGUCCAAACAGUUCCAAGCGCGCGUCAUCAGCGUCAUGCUGUACCGCAACUACCUCCGCAGCGUGCGCAGAAAAAGCUUCCGCUCCAGCUUCCGCUCCGGGAGUUUAAGAUCGCUCAGCAACAUCAACAGUGAAAUGCUAUGACCCGAAGAAGGUGGUUUCUCUUCUCUUUAAAAUUCGUCCUUCAACUGCUGUAGGGUUAGUGGAGAUUCUGGGUGACAUUAUCGAGUUUAUCUAAAUAAACUUUGAAAAACUCA